ACCAUCUGUUGAUAAAUAAGUUGUUAUGAUUCCCCUCCAAAAGUAAUAAGAGUGCUAAAAGCCUGUAGAAGAUUAAAAUCUAAAUUUUUUAUUUUUCGUUGCUAAAAGAAAGGGGUAUGCCGGUUCAAUCGCUUCCAAGUCGUAGUGUACGUGAGAGUAGUCGAAGAUCAUCAUCCAAGCGCCUAUAUCAACAAGAAGAAAAUGUGGAGACAGCUAUUCGGGGAAAGCCCCGUGAUUUAGACAAUGACGAUGAUGCAGAUGCUGGUGCCCCAGAAGAGUUUUCUGUAGAGAAGGUAUUGGAUAGUAGAAUUCGAAACGGACAGAAAGAAUAUCUUUUAAAAUGGAAAGGAUAUUCAAAUGACGAUAAUACUUGGGAACCAGAAGAAAAUUUAGAUUGCCCGGAUCUAAUUGCUGCAUAUGAAAACAGUAAACGAAAGGAACGUAGAAAGCGUCUUUCUAUAGAUGGCGAAACAAAAAGUAAUAAACGAAAGAAUAUUGAGGAAGAUAAUCGUCCCAGGGGAUUUGAUCGCCAUUUAGAGCCUGAAAGAAUACUUGGGGCUACAGAUGCGAGUGGAGAAUUAAUGUUUUUAAUGAAAUGGAAAGGUACAUUAGAAGCAGAUUUAGUAACGGCACGACAAGCAAAUAAACUCUGCCCGGACGUGGUAAUAAGUUUCUAUGAACAAAGGCUAUCGUAUCGACAUAUCGCUGUAUCUGAAAGGAAUCAACGACGAUUGACCGAUAGUGAUUCAAGAAGUGAAAGUGCAACAUUUGAACGCGACGUUGCUAAUUUUGAUUCAUUAUUAUCAACGUCACCUAUACCCCCUUAUACGUCCAAAGAUGAUACAUCCACAACAGAAACUCCUACAAAUAAUGAUGCUAUUGAAGCAGAAUCGAAUAGCGCAGGUGGGGAUACCACAAAAGAUACGCCAGACGAAGCCAGUAAGGAAAAUGAUGAUGAUGUUCCAAAAGAUGAUGAAAAUACAGAAAAUACUUCUGAUGUUCCUGACGAUUCAACUGAGAAAGAGACAGUUGAUGAAGAACCAGCGGAAACAGCUAGUACAGAAAAACCAGCUGAGGAAAUGGAAAUUGAAAAUGAGAUUGCAGAUCCAGCAAUUGAAGCUCCAGACUCAGCCGUAGAAGCUUCAGACUCAGCCGUAGAAGCUUCAGACUCAGCAGUAGAAGCUUCAGACUCAGCAGUAGAAGCUUCAGAUACAGCAAUUGAGGCUACAGAUCCUGUAAUUGAUGCUACAGAUCCAGAUCCAGCAAUUGAUGAAUUGUAAAAUACAAAAAAUUAAAUGUGUAUGUGUUUCUUUUAUUCUCGGGAUUGUUAAAUUACGAUUCUAAAUUUUAAAGUAAAAUAAUUAAAUUUUAUAUAA